CUACUUAAACGGUCCCUUGCCUUGGUGUGUUGCAACAUCGAGGAGGGUCUAGUUAAAACCACCCAUCUGUUGUCUGUAGGAAUCAACAGUGACUGUCUUCUAGGUGACAAGUCGCCGUCAACCAUGCCCAUCAUUACAGUGUCUCCCAGCUCUGACCCGACCAACCUCCACAAAAUCUUAGAAGUCAACGGACGACCAUUUCCUUUCGUCUUUGAUGAGGACCUUCUCUUGAAUAUUCCCAAUUUGAAACUCCGCGAUGAUGAUGUCCUGCUAUGUGGGUACAUGAGGUCAGGAACACACUGGAACUUUGAGAUCAUCAACAUGCUGCUGAAUGGAGUCAUAGAGACCAUUCCGGACCGGAAGGAAUCUCUCCACCUGGAGCAGGCAUCGCAGGAAGAACUUGACAAGUUCCCAUCACCAAGAGUUCUUAGUUCCCACCUUCUAUUUGAAGAACUACCAAGGGAGGUAAUAGACCGGAAGACGAAAAUUGUGUACCUCAUUCGGGAUCCAAAAGACGCCUUGGUAUCCUGGUAUACAUGCAUUAAGAAGAUUAAUCUUUCAUAUGACAAGCUGUGGAAUAUGCCAUUGUCGGAUUGGUUAGAACUAAGUAUCGGUGGAAAAAUGGAGUGGGGUAGCUGGUUUGAGAAUAUGUCGAGCUGGGAAAGGGCUCUUCAGAACUACCCAGACCAUCCAAUACUCCUUGUGUAUUAUGAAGAGCUGAAACAGGUAUGUUAUAAAUACAUUAUGUUAUAACGGUG